CCACCACAACACACUCUCUUCUCAUUUUCCGUUCUCUAUAUAAAAGGACUCCUCAAGUCCCCACAAAGUCCUCUUCCGUUGCCUUUUUCUUAUUCUCGCUUUUUUCCGUACACUUGGCCCUCUCGUCCUUGGCGAUCAAAACCCUAGGUCCCGCCAUUGCUCCUCCAGGUCUCCCGCACCUCUGACCACUCUAAAUCGGAGCUCCGUUUCGCUUCUUUCUCACUCUCUACUCUGAUUUCAGAGGUGUUGGUUGCUGUUUGUUCUGUGGAGGUUUGGUGAUUGAGAGAUACUAUGGAUUCUCCUGUUGCUGCUGCUGCUGCUGCACGUAAACCUGUUGUUGAUCCAUCUACUGUUGGGAGAGAGUUUGUUAAUCAGUACUACUACAUUAUGUAUAACAUGCCUGAGCAUCUGCACCGGUUCUAUCAAGAGAUCAGUAAGGUUGGGCGUGUUGGACAGGACGGAUUCAUGCGCGAUUUCUCUACCUUACUAGGUAUAAGUGAGGAGCUUAAGUCACUGACUUGUGGAGAUUUCAAAUCGGUUGAGAUAACCAGUUAUGAUACCCAAGAGUCUCACAGUGGUGGUUUCCUCCUUGCUGUUACUGGAUACUUCUCUCAAAACGAGAGAUUGAGGAAGAAAUUCAGCCAGACUUUCUUCCUUGCUCCGCAAGAAAAUGGGUUCUUUGUUCUUAAUGACCUCCUCAGAUUUGUCAAUGAGGAUCCUAAGAAUAAUGUUCCAGAUGCCAAAGAUGGUGAAGUUGUUUCUGGGAAAAUCUCUACAAGAUCCGGUCUUAGUGAUGCUCCUACAGGCAAUAAGGACUUGGAGCAAGCUGCAUGUGUUUCAGCGAAUCCUGUUUGUAUGGAAGUGUCUAAACCCUUGAAUAAUGAGAAUGGUAAGGAUAAUGUUCUGGUACCUGAGAUUGUCAAUGAAGAAGUUCCAGGGAUUGAAAUUACUUGCAAAGAAGUUGCAGUGGAGUCACUGAAAUAUUAUGACCCAGCUGAUGGACUAGAAAAUGUUCCAAAGAAAUCGUAUGCCUCUGUGUUGAAGGUGACGAAGGAUAAAUCUGGAGUUUCAGCUGCCUCCUCAUUGUCGCUGAAGCAGAUACCCAAAUACCAAGAACCUCAAGCACCUUCAGAUCCUCCUCCAGUCCAGAUACUUAAAGACCAAGGACCUCAAGCAGGUUCAGAUACUUCUCAAGUGGUAGAAUCUGAGACAGUUUCUGAGUCUGUUGACAAUGGGCACACUCUGGAAGUGGCUGAGGGUACAUCUGUUUAUGUGAAACAUCUUCCUCCAAAUGCCAACAUUGCGAUGCUUGAGACUGAGUUUAAGCAAUUCGGGGUUAUUACCAAUGGUGGGAUUCAAGUUAUAAGCCAAAGGGGAGGUGGUUAUCCUUAUGGUUUUGUUGAGUUUAAGGAGGCAGAUGCUGCCCAGAGAGCAAUAGAGGCUUCUCCUGUAACGAUUGGUGGGCAGAGAGCUUUUGUGGAGGAGAAGCUAUCGACAUCAAGAGGUCACAGAGGAAAUGGAUACGGAAACAGAAACGUGGGAGGAGUGAGAGGAAGAGGAAGUUAUGGAUAUGGCCAUGAUUACAGGAGGGGAGGUGGUGGAGGAGGAGGAGGAAGGUCUUUUAAUCGUAAAGGCAAUGAAUAUGUCGCCAGCAUCAACUCAUACUAAACCGGAUUGGGUUCUUUUGUGGUAAACCGGAUUAUUGAUUUUUGCAACAGGUAAAAAAGAAGACAGAUUUGGUAGAUAUAAUAUAUCUCGGGUAUUAUAAUUUUACUGCUAAAAAAAAAAGAAACUUGUAUUUGUCGGGAUAUGAAGGAUUGUUUGGUAAGACGUUUCUGAUUCGACGAUCUGGUAAAAUAUUAUGUGAAGGUUCUAUAUUUUAAACUUUAAAGAAUGUGUUCGAAAGCU